UAUACCCUCUCUCUUUCUGCAAGUAAGCAUCUGCGCAUGCUUGGCGCAUGUGGAAUCGAAAGGAGGUGGUAUGGAGUACGUAAUAUGCUUGCAAAUGUGCAUUCAACCAAUCAGAUGCCACUAUCUUCCUACAUGCGCGACGCAUGAUUCAGUAUAUAGUUUUCGGAAGCAUAUACUUUACCUAAGUUAGCAGUCCAGUUAUGAUAUAUAGGAGUCUGUGCGAGGAACCCAAUUCGGCCGAUUUCGCCUGCGGAAUGAGCGGGACCAAUCGCUAGGCGACGAUGUGACGGCGCACGCCGACAUGGAUAACAGGACGCGCGAUUUUUCUCCCCUACGAUUUUCGCACUGCCCGGACGAAUCGAGCGGAUCGGCGCGAUCGCGAAUCCGGUACCGAAGAAAAGAAAAGCGCACCGCGGAGAAAAGAGCGCGCAUGCCCGACGAAAGGGAGGCGCGUUCGAGAGUUUGCGGCGGAUUGAGUUCCACGUUCCAUUCAGUUUACCGGCACUAUUUGCACGCCGCGGUUCGGCUUUCCUGGACAAGUGCGCGGACGCGCGCGCGCGUGUGUGUGUGUGUGUGUGUCCGCGCCGCAUCCUGAUCCGCGGAACAGCGCCGAUGACAGGAAGCGGACGGGUCACGUGGCGGGAAACGCGCCGUGAAGAUUCCGCCGAGCAAUCGGCGCACGUCGCGGAAGUCACGGCGGCGAAGAGGUGCGCGUCCGAGAAGCACGCCGCCACCACCUGUGAAGAAGACGCGAACGCUCGCAGGAGCGACUCUAGUAAAUACGUGACGACGAGUUCCCCGGUGAGGAUUGAGAGCGCUGCACCGGGCGAGAUUGAGUCGCGCGACAAACACCGCGCCGAUAAAUCGCACGGCGAGCGACAUCUAAUUCGGGCCGACCGGUACCAUCUGUCUAAAACGAAAGAAACGGAAGUGGCUUAACGGGCGCGCGCGAAGGGCGAUUAAGUCACCGCCGGCGAUCGAUUCGAUCGGGAAGCCGGCCUCCUCGCCGAUGACCCGAAAAUGCACGCGACCGCCGAUUAAGCCGUCCAUAAAAACGGAGUGACCCGACUAACUGAUUCGGUCGACAUUUCAUUAGGACCGAAUCGCGAGGAAGUGCGUCUCUCCGAGACAGCCGGUCGAAGUUAACUUGACGAGCGAUACUCGACGCACUUGGACGCCAAGCAGGACGAGAGCGGAGCUCGCCGGGAUCGCAAACGCGAUCACGGCGCUCCGCAGAAUCCUUUGCUAAAUGGCAAAUCCCGUUUGGAAGUCGAUCAAAGACCGCAACCGUGCAGCGUUAAUGACUUCGAAGCUGCCGGCCGGCCGGCGGAUUUAAUUACGCCUGCUGAUCCACGAGCGUAUAGCGUCACCAGAAUAGCGUCAGGUGUGUUUCGUCGCGCGUCGAUCGGACCUCGAGUGCUAAGCGGGUGAUUCCGCGCGAGAGAUCGGGCGAAACAAGAGCUCUCGAAGCCCUUGACGAUGCAGUCCUUGUUUUCGCGAGACCCGGAAGAAUCUUCGCGACUCGCCAAUUCCACUGACCUACUCGUCGCGAGAAAAUGGAUCGUCCUGCGAAUAGGACGCCACGUGGAAGGGAGAGAUAUGGUGGCCGGAAGUAUUUCGCUGUGAGCAACAUAGAUGCAACCAGCCUAAUUGGUUUUUGUGCGAUGGUAAUGUGUAUGAGUGACUCACAAUUACUUUGGCACGUCGACUACGUCAAUCAAUGUGGUUGCGCGUAAUCUGGCUGUGGCAACCGGAAAUCGGGUGACAUUCCCCGCGGAUACAUCGACAACGUUAUUAUCGUAUUUGGAACUGAAAUAUUUGGCAUAUUUUCACUUGUACCAAAUGCAUGUAUUAUUGAGAAAGCAAACACGCAUAACGGCAAUGAAACCUCUUAGUUAUAAUCAUCAAACACGUUUGUCAACUCCAUUUUAACCAAAUUAUAUAAAAUACAUACGAUAACAUUAUUACCGUAAUUGGAACUGAAAUAUUUGGCAUAUUUUCACUUGUAUCAAAUGCAUGCAUUAUUGAGGAAGUAAAACAUGUAUAACGGCAAUGAAAUCUCUUAGUUACAAUCAUCAAACAGAUUUGUCAAUUCCAACCUAAUCAAAUUAUAUAAAAUACAUACGAUAACAUUAUUAUCGUAUUUGGAACUGAAAUAUUUGACAUUAUCGUGUUUUUAUUUAUAUCAAGUGCAUGUAUUAUUGAGUAAACAAAACACCCGGCGUAAAAUCUCUUGGUUGCAAUCAUCAAACACGUCGACCAACUCCAUUCCAACCAAAUUAUAUAAAAUAUAUAAAAUAUAUAAAUUAUAUAAAAUAUAUAAAUAUAUAAAUUAUAUAAAAUAUGAUGACAUUACUAUCGUAUUUUGAACUGAAAUAUUUGGCAAUAUCGUAUUUUUACUUGUGUCAUGUACAUGUAUUAUUGAAGAAGCAAAACACGCAUAGCGUCAAUGAAAUCUUUUAGUCGCCAUCAUCAAACUCUAUCCUAACAAAAUUAUGAUCCGGUGUGCCAAAUUUUCGUUUCGGUAUAACAUCCUUUUUUCAGUAUGCGCUCCGGUUAAUCAGAUAUCGUCGCUGCAACUCAGCGAUUGUUCUGUGGUUGCGGCAACUACAUAAUUAGUUGUUUUACCACUCAGUUGGCAUAGCCAGAUUAAUGCGUAAACCGACCACACCGUUUUCUCCGUAAUGAGAAAAGUAAUGAGUAUUUUAUAAUAGUCGAUUUAUUGACCGUCUUUGUAUUCGUUCUUUGUCGCCGGUCUUUCUCAUUAAAUCCUUAGAUCUCAACUCGCGCGUGAAUUACCUUCGAAAUGAAAAGAGGGAAAUCAUGUAUUCCUUCUUUUCUUUUCUUUUCUCGAUUGACGUGUCUCGAGCUGCUUUCAUAACUGACGCGUAAACAGCCCGACUUACUUGAUUUCGCUGCGCAAAGGUGUAAACUCGAAAACUGGCAGGCGGCGUAGUUGCAUGUCGUGCAGCUCUGGGAAAUUAAUCGUGUUAAUCGCGCUGUGAUGAAACGCGACUUUCGUCGCGGGCUCUGCAGAAGAUAAACAUUCAUCCGCCGUCGGCUCUCGCAAAUUGAUACUCUCGCUAUCCGAGCCACUCGGGCAGAAGCUACUUUAUAAACGAGGGGUCCCGUUUUAAGUGAAGAAGCCAAUCAGGACGUUUGCGACACGAACAAUUUCUCGCGAUCUCCUCGAGUACUCUCAUCGGGCGCGGCGCGCCGAGGUAAUUAAUGGUGAACGUACCGCGGGAUGAGAGGGACAGAUAGAGAGCGACUCUCGAUGAUGUCACUUAAAGUCGUCUCUUGCUCGACGAAAGCGGCGCUUAAAGCUUCAAUAAAGCCCAUGAAAGCGGUGUACGACGUUGCUGGCGCGAGGCUAGUGACAAGUCCUAUAUCGCCUCGAUUCCUCAUGGAUUUUCUCGGGCCGCAUCUCGACGCGAUUCGACUUGUCGAGCCGCACGAACCGAGAAAAGUCGCGGCAUGGCCGAAAGUGCUGCCGACGUAAAAUUGAAAUUUAUUCAAAAAGAGAGAAAGAGAAAGAGAGAAGAGUCGUGAUCGUGACGUGCCACGAUCGCUCGUACAUGCGAGGCCUGUAAAUACGUAGUUCCGUAACCGGGAAACGAGGCCCGCUUCUCCACCGAGUGGAAAUACGCGAUAGCGUAAACCCGUCGAGUGUACGAGAUACGUGGUCACGUGGAGAGGAAGACGUAAGACACACAGCUGGCCUAAAAAGCCGCAGGAAGCUCUGGCCGGUGCGCUCAAGACGUGAAAGUGAAGGAAAUAUCGCGCUCGGUUCUCUACGACAAGCUUUCAAGAUGCUGACGACCAUGUCGACCGUCGCGAUUGAAUUGAAUUCCUCCUAUUACACGACGGCGAUCGGCAACAGCGCACUCGACGGAUUCUCAGUGGUCGAGCCGGAGAACGCCACUUCCACGCUGUACAUGCUGCCUGCUUACAUCCGAACGACUUCGAUGGUGGCCUGCAUUAUCGUGAUGAUCCUGGGUAUAGUCGGCAAUCUGAUGGUGCCGUUGGUCGUGCUGCGCGGCAAGGACAUGAGGAACAGCACGAAUAUCUUCCUGGUGAAUCUCAGCGUCGCCGACCUCUGCGUGCUCGUGAUCUGCACGCCCACCGUGCUCAUAGAGGUGAAUUCCGGUCCGCAAAUCUGGCCGCUCGGUGAAAGCAUGUGUAAAGCCGUCCCCUUCGUUGAGCUGACAGUGGCUCACGCCUCGGUUCUCACGAUUUUGGCCAUCAGCUUCGAGCGAUAUUACGCCAUCUGCGAGCCGUUAAGGGCCGGAUACGUAUGCACGAAGGCGAGAGCGACGAUUCUUUGCUUCUUGGCGUGGGUGGCAGCGGCGCUGUGUACAAGCCCGAUGAUCUGGGUAUCGCAGUAUCGCGAAAUGAGGAUGGCGCAUCACGGUGUCGCCAUGGCGCAUCACGCCGUCGUCGCUAACGGAAGCGACCGGAGCGUCGCGACCGCGGUGGAAGAAGAGAACGGGGAGAUGAUGAUGGUGCCUCAGGUGAAUCAGGUGCCGGUGUGCCUGACGCAGGCCGACACCGUCGCCAGCGUGACGUUCUUCCUGCUGCUGGUGCUGCUGUUCUUCGCCGCGCCGUUCGCGAUACUCGUGGUGCUGUACUCGUUCAUCGUCAGCCACCUGGUCCGCGACUCGUCCGCGUCGUCCACGUCGACCAGCAGCAACAACACCAGCGACACGUACCACAGCCGCGCCAAGCGGCAAGUGGUGUUCAUGCUGUUGACCGUGGUGGUGAGCUUCUUCGUGUGCCUGUCGCCUUACCGGCUCCUCAUCUUCUACAUCGUCGUGACACCCGCCGAGCGCAUAGCCGCCGUCGAUUCCGACACGUUUUUCGGCCUGCUCAACUUCAGCCGCAUCAUGCUCUAUUUGAACAGCGCUGGCAACCCGAUACUGUACAAUCUGAUGAGCAGCAAGUUCCGAAGGGGCUUCCUCAAGCUCUGCGGCCUCGAGAAAGGUCGCAGUAUGGUCGCCAGCGCGAGGAGGCUCGCUACCACGCAUCAGCUGCAGGAGAACCUGAACCAGGAAGAGGAUUUACUAUGACGACAAUGCUCGAUAAUCGGACACGAUGCGAUGCGUUGAUCGCGAUGUGACGCCAACAAUUUUUUAGGCCGAAGAAUCCGGAAUCAUAAUUAGAUACAGUCGCGGCGAAACAGGAACUAGGAGAAACCACGGACGUGUGGUCGAACAGGAGAACGUACGGAAAGCUUCACUUCUUCCCGAUGAAGAACAUGGAAGUAUCGGAAGUAUCGCUUAACGUGAUAGAAUGAGGGGACAUUGGCAAGUCACAGUGAAUCUUGAUCAGUCGUGCGAUAAAUCGCUGCGAGAAGCUUAAGGCUCGAUAAUUCCGGAGGGGAGCAGAAUCUACUCGGCGGUGCUAGAUUGGAUGGGACUGUGGACGCGCGACGAACUUUCUAUGUCCUCCGUGAGAUAUUAAACUUCUGUAGGAUCGGCGAAAGUUGCGCUCUCGAUCGAAUCAGUCGGGCGUCUCGCGCGAAUGCGUACGAAAAGUUCUCCGCAGUGUUAAGCAGCGUGAUCUUGUUACUAGUAUUGCGGGAAAUUAAGUGGAUCACCAGUUCGAUAUGUCAAUAUCAUGACAUACGAGUGUUUGUUGUAUCGAUAUCUUUCCCGUCGUGACACGACGAAAAUAAAUGGAACUCUCUCGUCAAAAUACACGCCAUGUCGAAUGAUUUCACCCUUCUCUCCAUCCAACUUUGACCGUACGGGCAAUUUUUUAGUUUGUUAACUCAAUAUUUGUUGGAUAUACACACGUCAUGAAAUAAUAUAUAAAGAGAGAAGGAGGAGAGAGAGAGAGAGAGAAAACGAGGGAAGGGAAUUUCAACGGUAUAUUUUACAGGAUAUCGCGGGGCAUUGUAUUUUACCAGAGGUGCUCUUGACACUUGUAACGCUAUCAUUUGCAUCAAAACGCGCGUCAAUUACGAUGAUAUAAUGUUUUUGAUA